AUGAACCCACAAAGAAUCAUCGAAUUGCAAAAGCACUACCAGAACACCAACAAGGAGUUGUGGUUGAAGGGCCCCCGUUCCAAGAUGUUGGUGUACCCCUUCUACGCCAUGUUCACCUUCUCCACCGCCGUCAGCUUGUACUACACCGGCAGGGCCAUUGCUGGAAUCAAGGAGGAGUAA